GGAGUCGGUCGAUUUAGUAGUAUCUCUCAAAAUUUAAGUAGCUAUAAUUUUAAGUUAAUUUUCUAUCAUGGAUAGUACUCGAAAGGCAAUGGAGAAGCUGUUGGCAGAGGUCGAACAGAGCCAGACCCAGUGCCAGGAGGGGACUGAAACCACAGCCACGACCCCAACUGAGACGACUACCAUAUCCGGUCCCAACACACCCAGCCAACACAGUCCAGAUGCCCUCUCUGAAGCGAGCUCUAACAACAGCAUUGGCUCUAGGUUCCACAUCGAUGGUCAGCCCAUUCUGGCGCCUCUGAUGACGGAGACUAAGCGGAGCGAUUUGCAACUGUCUAAGCAUAUGGCCCUUCAGCUGGAGAAAAAGUUGGAAACGGUCAGAGUCCCUGGAGGCCGAGAGGAUAGUGAAAAUAUCGGCAAUGCUUACACCCCCAUGGAAGCACGGCGAGUUGUGCCGCUUCUGCAGCAGACGAAAACGUACAUCUUUGACCAACCUCCUAGCACCAUCAAAAUGCCGCAGCGUCCCCAGUCCCUCGGAAUUGAAGUGACAGAUGCUGAAGAUGCGAAGGAUGCCAAGAUACCCACCAUCCUGGUGAACCCGCCCACCCCUCAGCAGCAGGAGCUUCAGCCAGAGGAUCUCACGUCGCUUGGCUGUUCAGUGCUGACGGUCCAUAACCGCAGGUUGAACAAUAUCACAAAUCGUAUCCUCCACUUUGAGCGGUCAGGUCUGGGUAAAAUGCUGCCGCCCGCAUGCGACUCUCUACCAUCCGCGUCGACCGAGCCGGCAACUGUGAUAUGGCACGGCCAGGACAUGGAAUACGACACAAGUGCUAAACCCUCCCUGACACAGACCCUGUCGAGCCUUACGAUAAAAUUGAAUAACGAAAGAGCUGGUGCUGGUAGAUGUACCGUUCAACGAUCGCGAUCGUUUACACUGGAGGAGCCCUCCCAGGUGCUUGUGGAGCACAUGCAGCGCACGGCGGAUGCAGAGGCCCGAGCACUGGCCCACUUUCAACGAGAGACGGUGGAGUCAAAGGCAAAGCGGGUGAGCCGCAGUCCCAAGAGCCGCAACAGCAUUCCGAGCAGAGGCUGCCUUCGGAUGCGUCCCGUCAGUCCCAACCAGCAGGAGCAACCACCACGCCAGGUGAUGGAAAUGUUGCUUCAGGAUCAACCGAACGUGGACCAGGAAAUCGACCUCAUGAUCGAGCGCACCUUGAACGAUCACAAGGUGGCCGCCAACAAUGUGGAUGGGCUGAGAAAUUACCUCCGGACCCACAGAGACAGAUUCAACCAGCUGGUUCAGUACCAGCAUGACGAGCGCCUGCGCAUGCAGGAAGAGUUUGAACGCCAGCAGAAGUUCCUCAUCAACCAGAUUUGCGCGGAAGUAGACUUGUCGGUCUAUCGCGACGGGCUCUCCAAACAGGUGACGGUGUACACCAGCACCCAGUCACUGCAACAGCAUUUGGCCAGCAGCUCGCAAGGCGAUGAGCUCAUUAGCAGUAGCAUGGCCACCACAAGUGGUGCCACUUGCACGUCGCCGAGCAACACAAUAACCAUCUCACCCACAGUAUUGUCGCCGCGCACCCCAGACGAUUCGUACGGUUCCGUACCUAUGGUAGACAUCUGCGUCCCUAAUCUCCCUCCGCCCCAACACUCCUCUCGCAAGUGCCUUUUCGGGACAGGCGAGGGGCUUCCCAAGAGUGUGAGUCUGAGUUCCGACUAUGAGCCGCAGCCACUGUCCGGAACUAGUGCUCCGAGCACGCCGCGCUCCUUCGAGAUGCCCCUGCGCAACAGUAAUCUGAGCAAUAGCAAGCGUCCAGCAGUCAGCGCUCUUGCGCCCCGAACCCGGACAGCAUCCAAUGCCCAAAAGAACAACGGCAGAGCCAGCCUAGGACCGGGAUCCACCAAAGGUUUAGUCCAGCGCGUCGUGGGUGGCGGUGGAGGAAGUGUCGGCCGCGCCGGUCCUAAGAAGACUCCCCCAGGAAGCGGCAAUGGAGCCGCAACAAGGACCCACAGCACUGCCCGCCGUCUACCUAGUCGUGGUCUGCCCCAGGGGCAACAGCAGGGUAGCGCAUCAACAGCUAGGAAGACAACGUCAACGCCCACGCGCGGACGCAAUGAGGAGGAGGAGACUGCUGCGGCCAGCCGUAUCACUGCCGGUGUGCGGGGGUACCUCGUGCGCCGUCUCUUUCGCACAGAGCAAGUGCAACGUGUUGUCCAGACCAUACGCGACACCCUCAUCUUUGUUCUUAAUCUGCACCUGGAGACAUACGGCACCAGUCUUGACGAGGAGGAGGAGCCCGGCAACAUACGCCUGAAGGCGCGUCUCCUGCAGCAGCUCUGUUCGGCAAGCCGCACUCUGCACCUGAUAUUUUUCCAGACGAGCGUCAAAGAGCGCAUGGAGAUAAUAUCAAGGGACCGCAAACGCAUCCGAACCAAGCUCCUAGCCAUGCACCUCAAGCAGCGCUGACCGGAUCACCGCAUCAGAAGAACUCAGCAGUUGGCGUUGUUUCGAAGCUUUCGCUUGCCGCCAAACUUGCGCAGCGGCUGAAAGCUUUCGCCUCCCUACAACCGCGGCGCAAAAAGCCAUGCGCUGAAUUCGCUUUAAAAGCUUACCAACACUUGUCAACACAUUUGGCAGCGAGCGGACGUCGUGUGCGUGCAAAAUUGUAUUCAAUUAAUAGUUUGUAAUCCCCGAACCCGCCUGCAACACACACUUGCAUCACCACUACCCCCCGCCGACCCACAUGAUUGUUCGCGUGGUGGCUAUCCAGUAGUAAUAAUAAAAUCGUUAAAAAAUGCACAACAAAA